AGAAAAAGACACGAGACUCCAUGAAUCCAACAAGAUUUGUAUGGCUGCCUUUACCCUUUUUUCCUUUAAUUUAAUGAAUCUACACAUCACCAACAGUAACACGGCACCUCCAUUAAAGAUCUCGAGUUUUCCACCAACAUCCUUCUCAUCUCCUCUGCAGGUCAGCCAGCCGUCCUCUCUCAUCUUUCUCUGCAUUUGCACCUUGUGUCAUCUUGGAGAAAUUGUGGAAACAUUUCCUCCUUUUAGAUAGAUCAAAAGGGCUUAUAUCUUUAGCAUGAUCUUAUCAACAACUUAUCAUCGAUUUUGAUGGGUUGCAUUUGUUCCUCUGGCGUUAAGCAUCAUAAUAGCCCUGGGUAUGAAGAUCCCGCUCUUCUUGCUAAAGAAACCCCAUUCACUGUGAGUGAAGUCGAGGCGUUGUAUGAGCUUUUCAAGAAGCUGAGCAGCUCCAUUAUUGAUGAUGGCCUCAUUCACAAGGAAGAAUUCCAGCUGGCACUCUUCAGGAACAGAAACAUGCGGAAUCUCUUUGCCGACAGGAUAUUUGAUCUAUUUGAUGUGAAACGUAAUGGAGUUAUCGAGUGUGGAGAAUUUGUUCGAUCACUAGGUGUUUUCCAUCCAAAUGCCCCGAUAGAAGACAAAAUCGAAUUUGCUUUCAGGCUAUACGAUCUCAGACAUACUGGUUUUAUUGAAAGAGAAGAGGUCCGUAUUAUUGUAUUAUUUACAUUCUUGAUGAUGAAGAUGAAUCUCAUUUUUUUUUUAUUUAAAAAAAAAAAACAGCUAAAGGAGAUGGUAAUAGCACUGUUACAUGAAUCUGAUUUGGUGCUUUCGGAAGAGGUUAUUGAAAUGAUCGUGGAUAAAACAUUUAGUGAUGCAGAUAUUAAAGGGGAUGGAAAGAUAGAUAAAGAUGAAUGGAAGCAAUUUGUAGCAAAAAAUCCAUCUCUUAUAAAAAACAUGACCCUCCCGUACCUGAAGGACAUAACCUUGGCAUUCCCGAGUUUUGUUUUGAGCUCUGAAGUUGAAGACUCAGAAGUAUAACAAAUAGAGUGGGAGAAAAUAUGAAUUUUUUUAUCAAAAUUUGACAUGAUUGGAGACUUGGGUGUCAAAAGUGGAACUACCUUUUUAAGGGAGCUGGAUUCGUUGGCCGAGAAGGGCAAAAGGGGAAUUUUUUAUGGUUCGGCUUCCAUGGAGGUUGAAGGAGAUUUGAGGUUGUUGUACAGAGGGACAAAAAUGGCAGAUGCUCUAUAUGCAAUAAGUUGCAUUUGUGUUAUUCAACUGUUGAGUUUAAGUAUCUUCGUUUUGUAAAGAGACAUAUUAUCUUUGUUCUCUGCUGUUGAAUGAGAGAUUUUAAAGUGUUGAUAAA